AUGGUUUCAUCACGUAAAUUAAGAAGUAAAUCAAAAAAAUCUUUAGGAAUAAAAAAUAAAAGUAUUACUAAAAAACAAUCAUCAAAAGAGGAAAUUGCUAUGGAGGUUGAUGGUGAAAUUAUUAAAAGUUCAAAAAAAGAUAUGAAAAAAUUGAUUAAAGAAAGAAAACAACACCAGCGUUGGAAAGAAAAUGAGGAACAUCCUGAUAUUCCUGAACCAAAAUCUGAAGUUACCAGGCAUAAUUCAUCAAGAAUUGGAAGAGGAGAUUUAAAAGUUGUUGAUAGAGUUACUUGUAAAAAAAUUGUUACACCAGGACCUGAAAAUAAAGUAGUUGUUGGACGUGUUUUGACGAAAAAAGCUUUGAAGAAAAUUAACAAAGGUAAAAAAAGAGAGAUAAAAGAAAAAGAAGAAAAAAUGAAUGAAAUGGAACACUAA